GAAGAGGAGGAGAAGCAGGAGGAGGAGGAGGAGCCAUCUGGGCCUCGCGAGGGGUGCUCAGCAGGCCAUCUGGGCCUCUCGGGGGCACCUGGUGGCACCUUGGGCCAGGGAGGCAGCGCCCCCUCGAGGGUCCAGCGCCGCCCCAAGAGAUCCGCGCAGACCUCCGAAAGGUUGUGCUUCAGCCGUUCGGGUCUUCAUUCGCACUCAGCUGAGGAACUUGAUGUCCUUGGCCCGCGGCUUCCCGCAGCCGAAGUCGACGACAAAUCCGACCUCGCGCCCCUUGAACCAGGUCGUGUUCCGCAUAGCGUGGGAGCCGCCCAGCUGACAGUUUGCCAGGAUACCCGGGAGAGCGUCCUGGAAGAACUGGAUCUGUCGUCCGACCCCAGGGUAAUCCUUCCUCUCUGCAGGUGA